UUUAUUUUUAUUUUGUAUCUCUUUCUCUCCAAUCGUUAUUGCAGCCGUCGGAGCAGUGUUAUUGGGUGUUAUGCUUCUUUCUUCAUGUAAUCUACAUUAGUUCUGCACUAUUCGGCGUUGGCAGAUAGUAGAGGUUGUUUUGAUUUCACUGUUCGCUUGUACAUUUUUAAUCAUCUUACGCACGGUUUUAUAGGUGCGUGUGCUCUAUGUCAGUGACCCAUGACGACCUGGACUGACCCUAAACAAAUGGUUACGCAACUAAGCGCCUUGAGAUGACUCACGUUGAGUUGAGCCAGUUGCGUGAGCUGCCAGACAGCUUGGCCAGAGCUAGCGAUUCUAUGGCUAGCGCCUCAGCGCGUGACGUUGGCUUGGCAUGAAUGAAAUACGCGUGUGAUGCAAAAAGCGCAACCCACUUGGUGGAAAGAACGUUGCCUGGCUAGCUGGCGAAGGAAAGAGGUCAGGUGACUCGCAGGCCGGACAGAUUGAACGGUUUGAAGUUGGAAGGAUUUGAACGUAUCGUUUUAUGCAUUGUCGUCGUGGCUUCGAUACUGUAACAUCUUUCGUGUCGAGAAUUCUGUAACAAAUCUGGGCCUGCAGAACUUCAAGUCGAGAAAAUGGCUGAGUUUCACGCGAAAGACAUUGGGCUACGCGUCCAGAAGAAACUGCUUAGUCGCGUGAGCAACAAGAGCGUCGCCAAAGCUUUCAUUGAUGACGUCUCCGCGAGUCUGCUGGAUAACUUGUACAAGCUCGUAAAGAGUGUCACGGGCAGCAAGAAAGACGCAGAGAAGGUUACUAAAAACAUUAUAAAGAUUGUCGUAAAGGUUGGCGUCUUGCACCGAAACAACCAAUUCUCAGCAGAAGAGACAAAGGUGGCUGAGCAGCUUCAGCGCAAAAUGCGUGCUCUUGCCAUGGCCGUGGUAAGCUUUUAUGAGAUGGACUUUUCAUAUGACCGAAGAUACCUUGUGGGUGCUUUCGACGAGUGUCGUGCCCUGCUUUCCAACCUGGUGCGAUCCCACCUAACAGCCAAGUCAAUGGGCCGAAUUGAGCACGUCUUUGGCUUCUUCGGGAAACCAGAGACUCUCGAUUCCGUGUUUGCAGGCGACAGCGUUCACCGUGAGUGCCUCGGAAGGGUCGUCAAGGACCUGCAUGAGGCCUUGGAUAAGGAGAGUCUGUGAGGGAGAAAGUUGGCCUGGUCAUGAAGAAGAAUGUGUGUGUGUCACGGUGCUGACACAUUACCUGGUGAAAAGGUUGUGCUUACUCGGCACGCUGGGAGAUGUGCACCACGUAAAAAUGUAGUCACUCUAUGCAAACUCGAGGAAAGUAAACCUUACUGUGAGGAUUGCCAUGUUUGCUCACGAAAAGCCUUUGCAUAUUCAAGGUACUGCAUGCAUUUACAGGGUUAGGCAUCGCCAAGUAUGUUUUAGAAAAGCUGUUGGCUACUAACUGAAGAAGAGCCAAAAGAAUGGACAUGCCUCGAACAAAAAGAAAAAUCGCCAGUCUACUUUUAAUGCCUAUGUGACAUAUGUAGCUACUCUACUUGUGCCUGGUGAGGUGCCUUUAGGUGCAUGGACUUCUAUGCACCUAUAGAACAUUUUUGCGGUUUAAGUGGUAUGUUUUAUUUUAUUAUUUUGCACAGACUUGUCACCCUUGUAACGCAGAUACUUGCUGCCUACAUAUAUAACUCCAAUGAGCUGCGGCGAUUGGACUUAGCCUGCAAGGAGACUUGGUGCAGCAAUGAGAUUUUCUACUGGUUUCAUGUGCUUAUUGGUCUGACAGUGCCUCCACGGAAGAUUGUCAAGCACUUAAGUUUAAGAAACAGUGAGUCAGAACAAGUGUGGGUCUUGUCAUGAGUCAUGGAUAGUAGGUGCUGAGCUACAUUUAAAAAAAAUAUUUUGUGCUCUUUGUUGAAGGAAAGUAUAACACUGCCAGAGGUCAAUAUAAUGACUCGCCACCGAUGCUGUGUAGCUGAGAAUCUUGUCGCCCUUCGACAGCGAGUUGCACGAAGCUGCACCCCUUCCGAGGCCAGCAUAAGCCUCUCGGUGGGAUGAAUAAAAAAGAAUUGAUUGUGAAGCUGAAUAAUCCUUACAAAAUAGCAGCCUCUGCUUAAAUAUAUGGCGGCAAAUUAAUGACCAAUUUACUUCAGCUGUGGUCAGGAUCAAAUGCCCAUUUAAAGACGGAAGUAUAGGAUUCGGUAAAGCUGCACUUGAAAUUACGUUUUCAGAAUUUCAACCCGUGUUCUUAUUACAAAGCAUAAAUUUUAGGAAACUGCCAAAUGUCAUAAUGUUAGAAAAAUUGUGGGCAAGCUAGAACUUUGUAUUGUCUUGUCCCACAGCUUAUGUGUGCCAGUAAAUAAACCAAACAUCAUUAAAGGCAGGAAACAGUAAAAGAUCACUUAAAUGAUCCUGAGGGGCCCAAAGAAACCGUUCGCCCAAGUGAGAUGUAAAUAUAUGAAGUUGCCAUUUGUAUAAUAGCUGUUUGCGUGAUGGUCGACACAAUCUUAUUUUAUUACAAUGGUUAAAUGAGAAUGAAUUUUUGAUACUAUGCAUGUAAUAAAAGGACCAGAACUCGGGCUUGCUACACGCAUGUCGAGAAGCCUUCCAGUGAGUACAAUUUAUAUGAUGCGGAUAUGAACUUUAUCAAUGCCAAACUGUGCCUUGCCUUGAUAUGUUUUAUAACAUGGCACGUGGCCGACAUAAUGCACCAUUUUUCUUUUAUGUUUGUGGUGGCGUGUGGCCUUAUGCUACAAAACCCUGAGCUUGUGCAUCUGUUUGUGUGUGUGCACAUCUUUUUUUAUACCUACUUACUCUUUUGAACACUGCAGUCUGUUGCUACUUUGUGCCACUGCAUUUCAUCAAAGCCUUUUGCCUAUAAAUAUAGCUGCCCAAGUCAUUGCUGCACUUUAAACAAAACAAAAAAAGAAGAAUCUUUAGAGAUGCCAUGGUAUACAUACACGACUGCUCCCUUUUUUUUUUUCCUUCGGUGGUACUACUCUUCAUCUUGCCUCAUUACUUGUCAAGCUAAUUAAUUGCGACAUUCCAGUUUCUCUUGCAUGCAGUUCUUUUAAAGUUCAUGAGCGUGCACACUGUGGCUCCAGUUUGAGUGUCCUACAAGUGCUGCAGAGGAACAAAUUUAUUUAUUGCAAUGCUGUUACUCGUGAUGGAAACAAAUAUGGCCCCAGUUAUUUGUUUCUUCUAGCCAUCUCUUGCUAACUUAUUGCACAGGCCAGAUCUGUUCAACCUGUUCAUCCCAAUAUACUUCCAAAGUAUGUCAAUAUACUGCUCUUGACAUUUCUGCAUUGUCACGAUUACUAGUUGCUCAGCGGAACUGGUGUGAUGUCAUAUGCAUUUGAAUGGAAUGUGCCAUUUAAGAAGGCGCUUGCUCAAGGACGACUGAUAUCAAUUCAGCCAUGUAACAAAAGAAACUGUAAUGCUCUAAUGGUGGAUGUGGUUGGACAUUUACAGUUUUCCUCAUUUUGUAGAAAGCAGCCACCAAAAAUUGAAUCACUGGCUCAACUACUAAUGAGUCUUGGAUUCUUUUUUAUUGACGCUAUUUUUCUUUAUGCAUGUUCACUGGUGUUUUGACCUCACAUAAUCUUUUCCAGCACUGCCUCUCCCCCUCCUUCCCAUAUUUUUUCUAAGCCUUUACCUUUGUUCUUUCUGUUUACACCUUUAUUACGUUGUUAUUGAUAAGUCUGCUUACGACUUUAUUCUAGUCUAAAGCACAUUUUACAGGUUUACCACUGGGACUAAAUGUUAUGCUCAUAAUAAUGCCUCCAUUUCUUUUUUUGAGUUGUGCACUUUGUUCAUCAUAAUAUUUAGUUUAAUUUCUUAGGAGGAAUCUGCCAGUCUGGGAGACAUGUGCAGCAGCAUUUCUUUUUCUUUCUUUUUUUUUUAUAACAUAAGAGCCUUUAGUCACCUCUCCAAAUAGCCAAGAAGUGCCAUAAAGUAGUGUUUGGUUAUCAUAGAAUCUCUAUGCAGAAGUGGAUUGUGUGUUCUUAGCUGCAGAGUGCUCUGUUCAAUUAAGUGACGUGUGACAUCUUUGACAUGAUUUUUCUUUUUUUUUUUUUUAUUGCUAGGGUGCAUAUUUUGGAACUAUCAUUUUUGAGGAUAUCUCUUUCAAGUGCACACUACUUCAGUAAAUAAGUGGAUGUGAUGAAAGAAAACUGUGGGCAUGCAUAUCUCUCGGACUUUUCAAUAUGAGCACAUAGGCAGCAAAAUGUUCCGAUAUCAAAGGAUGCCCUUUAUUGCAUUGAUUUUUUAUGAUGCAAGUUAUGUUUAACAAAGGUAUCCCCAUAAACUGGUUCUUCUAAAAUAGUGCCCUAGGCUUCUUUUUUUUUUUAAUUUGCUGCAAGUGAAAUGCCUACCGGUUAGCACUCUGUUAAAGCAAUACUAAAGGCAAAUGUUAAGUCCAGCUAAAGUGUUAGAUUAGUGCUCUGACGUGACCAAAGCAUCACUUAUUUAUCUAGAACAGAGCGUUUGUAAGUAAAAAAGAACGUAUUGAACAGCUAGUCCAGUGCCUUAUUGCUCUAGGACAGCUACAGUGUCGCAGGGGACUCAAUGUACUGGCACUUUUGUGAGAAAAUGACAAGCUUAUCAUAGGAUUGGCACCAUCACCAUGAGGAUAUCGUAUAGAGCCAACUGCCAAUGGCAUUAGAGGUAUUAGUUAUUAGUAGUCAGCCACUCCAGUAAAAAAGAAUAAACAUGAAAAAAAAAAUGUUGUGAACAAUUUAGUGUGUUCUUCUAAAAUGCUCUCGUGAUGCCCUUUCAUAUCACUCCGACGGUGCUUUUGCUUGGGAAUGUGGUGCCAUCUUUGAAGCCCUCUGGGUUGCCAAGGGUGUAUAGCAUAGCAUAGCCUCACAGAUAACGAAAAUUCUGCUGCACCACAUGUAGGUGACAUAACUCAACUUUUUUUUUUUUCCUUUUUUUUUCCCAGAAACUAAAGCCCAUAUGUCAAGAGAUUUUCAUAACCUCCCUGUUAGUCUCGCUAGACUUAAUAUUUGCCUUUAGUGUCCCUUUAAGGUGCAUUCAAUCUGAACUCAUGUCACUUGUAAGCGAUGAAGAGCUGGCAUCACCAAUGCUCCAUAAUGUUCACACCUUAAACAUCAGGAUUCACUUGUUACCAACACAAGGUGUAAUAGUGCCUUUGUAUCAAGUUAAUGUUGUGUAGUGGAUCAGUUAACUAGCAACUGUACUUAGAUAAGUGACAAUCCCAUUGCCUGUAAACAUGAAUGUGCACAUUGCUGCCAACUUUUAAACCUCAGUUCAUGAAGGAGUCACUUGAAGACUAUUACCUGCAUCUUCUCAAGCCAAGUUGUUUCUGGUUGUUUGUAAGGCUCAUUUUUCUUUUAUUCGUUAAUAACAGAGAAUAAAUAAUCUGGAUACUUCAA